UAAAUUGCAAUUUCUUUUUCUUCUAGAAAAAUGUUGACUAUGGAGAGACGAUGGGGAAGUCGUCCCUUCGUAAACAGCGCUUCCUGCAGUUUGCGUCCCUGGAGCAUGAAGGAGAGUGUUACAUGACACCACGAGACUUCCUCUUUUCGGUCAUGUUUGAGCACAUCGAACGUAAAACUUCAGUCAAGAAGCUGACAGAUAAGGACAUCGAGGACGUCCUGGCGGGAAUCAGAAGAGCUGGUUGUGGGUCAACGUUUUUCAGAGACCUUGGCGAUAAAGGGCUCGUUUCGUACACUGAGUAUCUGUUCCUGCUUACAGUCCUCACCAAACCCCAUACUGGGUUUCAUGUUGCAUUUAAAAUGCUGGAUGCAGAUGGUGAUGAGAUGGUUGAGAAAAAGGAAUUUUUUAAGCUGCAGAAGAUCAUAAGUAAACAGGAUGACCUGAAGACAGCAGUAACUAGUGAAACAGAAUGCCAGGAACCAACAGUGAAAGAACCUGAGAUUAACACAACCCUUCAGCUACGUUUCUUUGGGAAAAAAGGGGAAAAAAAACUGCAUUAUAAAGAAUUUCGUAAAUUUAUGGAAAACUUACAAACCGAGGUCCAAGAAAUGGAGUUCCUGCAAUUUUCUAAAGGUUUGAGUUUCAUGAGAAAAGAAGACUUUGCAGAGUGGCUCCUUUUCUUCACUAACACUGAAAAUAAAGACGUUUAUUGGAAAAAUGUGCGAGAGAAGUUGUCAGCAGGAGAGAGCAUUAGCUUGGAUGAGUUCAAGUCCUUCUGUCACUUUGCGACCCACCUGGAGGACUUCGCCAUCGCCAUGCAGAUGUUCAGCUUAGCUCAUCGCCCUGUCCGGCUGAGUAAGUCGUCGGAGUUUAAGAGAGCUGUGAAGGUAGCCACGGGCCAGGAGCUCUCAAACAAUAUUUUGGACACCGUCUUCAAGAUCUUCGAUUUGGAUGGUGAUGAAUGUCUCAGUCACGAAGAGUUUCUUGGGGUGUUAAAAAACAGGAUGCAUCGAGGCUUAUGGGUACCACAGCAACUAAGUGUUCAAGAAUACUGGAAGUGUGUGAAAAAAGAAAGCAUCAAAGGAGUAAAAGAAGUCUGGAAACAAGCUGGCAGAGGCCCUUUAUAGACAAGAUAACGUGGGAAUUGCUUUGCUCCGAGAGUCAGAAUUGGGGAUUUUUUCCAAGUCCUGGAUGUUUAUGGUCUAAAGUCCUCACUCUUUUCCUUUGUGAUAUAAAUAUGCCUUGUCCUUGCUUCUGAUUCAGUAGUUUCUUAGAGUUCAUUAAAGAGCUUAGUAAAAAGAAGUGUUCUUUUACGAAGACAAAUAAUUGGAUUCUGUCAGAAGCGUGGGGUUGAAAUAACACUUUGACUUUGAUAAGAUGGAACACCUAGUACUCACUGAUUUCUCAGCACCGAGUGUUUUCUGGGAGAGUCCACAAGUAUCCACCAGAAACGUCCCUGACACACGAGGCCAGGACCCAGCCUGCACGCCCUGGAGGUCCUGUAAGGACCCGUUUGCUUCAAACACUUCAGGUUUUCUCAUCUGCACCUUACAUUUCAUGAAUUCUCGUGUGUUGUAUUUCAGGGAGCUGUGCGUUAGUUGUCUUAAAAAAUAAUAUGUAAAUUUCAGGAUUCUAUCUAGAGACAGAACCAACUAUAAAGAUAAAAAAUUA